AUGAAUUUAUCAGGGUUUUCGUCAAACGUUAACAGUGAUAAUACAUUAAGAUCUAGUGACCGCACAAAAACAUUUAUACUACCAGAUACAUGUUUUGAAAAAUACGCUGCUUGUACAUGGCGCCGUGGAAACACUUUCACAAUUUACCCACGAAACAGCAUUCCGGGUGAUGUAGUCCUGCCGUUUUUGCUAGAGUGGGUGCGCUUUCACUUUCCAUGUCAUGAGCAGACUGCUGCUCAAUUGUUGGAAGCAUGUGAGCGUGGGUCAGAAGACCAUCCGGAGUAUUGGGAUACGGUGAUCGGGAUGGUUGUUCAAGGCAGGAUUGAUGUAGCAAGAGCUCUGCUAAAACUUCACUCUAUGUCUGAAGCAAAUGAGUUUAAACUGAUUGAUAAUUCACUUCGCACCAUGCCAGUUUAUAGUGUUUAUGGUGGCAUAUCAACAGGAGAGUUCAGAAUAGUUUGGAAGCAUUGGCAGGCAGAGUGUAGGUCGAAACUAAACAGCCAGGUGCUGAGUUCACAGCCAAAGCUUGAACUUAUUAUGAGGCUCAUGAUCGGCGAAUACGGCGCGUUCGAAUCGAUCCGCUCGAGAUACGCGUCGUGGUUCGACGUGCUGGGCGGGUACGUGCUGUUCACGGCGCCGUGGGCGAGGCGGCGCGAGCUGGCGGACGCCGCGUCGGCGUGCGCCGGCCUCGACGGGCCCCACUCCCAGUCCCACCUGGACGUGGUGGUGCGAGCGCUGCUCGAGGGCGAUUUGCACCAGGUUAUUCAUGAAAUACAACAAAUGUCCGACAACGGCUGGUUUGCAACACACCUCACUGACAUCCUCUUUCAUUGUGGAAAGUUAAAAAUACUGGAUAAACACCAAACUGACGUUACAAAACGAUUAAGAGACAGCCUUAUCCUCGAAUAUGGUUCGUUGCUCAUGGACCAUAAUUCCCUGUGGUCUGUAGGCCUUUCUUACCUAGCGUCGUGCCCGCCCGAGGGCUUAAGACGCGCCGAACUCAUGCUGGAGAGGAUCCCCAUUAGGAGUGAAGCCAAAGCCAUACGGUUAAUAGCCGAAGCAAAGAAGUAUGGACUUCUGGGUGUAGUGUCGACGGUGUGCGGCGUGGUGGGGGCGCGGCGGCUGGGCGCGGGCCGCGUGGGGGCGGCGCUGGCGUGGGCGGCGCGGGGCAGGGGCGGGGCGGCGUGCGGCCGCGCGGCGCACGUGGCGUUGCGCGCCUACUGCGCCGGCGCAGCCCUGCCGGCCGCCGACCUGCUGCUCAGCGCCGGCCCCUCGCUGCUGCUCGACGACACGCUGCUCUUCCUCGGCAAAUACUGUGACUUCCAUAGAUUGUACAAAAUUAAGGAGUUUAAAAAGGCAGCGAAGCUUCUUAUUUCAUUGAUUACGUCCAAAAUCGCUCCCGAGUACUUCUGGGAGACACUCUUGUUGGACACUUUGCCGCUUUUAGAGUCUGAGGAGCCGGUGUUCUCAUCAACGGACACAUAUGAGAUCAUGUUGUGCUUGGAGCUGCGCGCGAAAUGCUUGGAGGGCGAGAAAGCUGAGCUGCUGAGGCUCGCACUGGUCAGGAAUUUAGCGAGGACCGCGCUACUCGACGGCGAGGAGGAA